AUGUUCAAUGGCAAUCCAAAACACGCAUUCCCUGAUUUCAUACCGAUCGUCCCUACAGAAAACAUCUUAAAGUGUCAUUUGCUGAUUCAAUUUUAUCAUUUUGAAGAAAAUUCUAAGAUCAAAGAGAAAGCGAUCGAUACAGCAGUUAUUCCAUUAAGUUGCAUCUCAGGUAAUAACAACACAUCUGUAGAAGUCGAGCUUUUCUCAGAAGCAGGCAAAGUUUCUAAAGAUGCCAAUGUAACUCUGCAAACACCAAAGAAAUCAGAAGGUUUGUCAUUACAGAUCACUAUCCCUCCAUUCUACUUCCCUCCUCAAAACAUGGCUACCGCAUUGACUGAUAAUUUCGAUAUUCCAAGUUUGUCUGGAAUUGACGAGUCAUAUGCUGAUCUUUACAUCAUCCCUCUUUUCUGCCGACUUAUUAAGAAGCGCGAUUCUAAAGUUCUCCCAACAUUGGUUCAAUUAUUGAUCACAUUUGGCGAUGGCGGUAGAACAUCACUUCGAAAGUGGUUGUUCAAUCAUUUCGAUCCACAAACAAUUGGUGAUGACUUCCCAACAUUCUAUCCGGAAGCGAUUAAAGCAUUUUGUCAUGAAAUCAUUGAAGGAAAGAUCGAAACAACAAUCAUUCCAGACUUUUCAACAUCUUUACCACUUAUUCUUGACAUUAUGCAGAUUGUUUUCUCCGAUGGCAAACUUCAAUCAACAGCUCAAGACUUAAUUACAAUUAACAACUCACUUCUUGACUUGAUUUGCUUCUUAUUGACUGAGGAUAUUGAUUGCAAUUCCAUUACAGAGUCAUUGGGACUCUUCUUCUUCCAUAAUCUUUCAGAUCUUGGAAAUGAAGAAAUCAUACGAUUCGUUUACAUAUUCCUUCGAACUAUAUCUAAGGUCAGACCCAUAAUUACUCAUCCAAUGUCUGCUACACGAGUUCAAUGGAUUUUCUUAUCUCCAUUAUCUCUUUCUAAGCAAAAAUAUCUCGCAAUAUCAAAAUUGAGAUAUUGA